GGUGUGGUUAGAGUACAUAAAUGUUGCAAACCAACACAUCCACAUCUUUACCUUGCAACUAAUUGCUGUGCUGAUCGUGACAAUUUCAUUACUUUUCCAUUUGCUAAAAGCUGAAAGAAAAUGCCUUACUUCACCUUCCUUCUUCUUUUCCUGAUUAUCUCCUUUCUUUAAUUAUCUAUCUAUCUUCUCCUUCUUCUUCUUCUUCUUUAUAUAUCUAUGCAUAAAUGACCUAAUAGCUAGCUAGCUAGCUUGUGGGUUUUAUAUAUUCCAUGGAGUUCAAGUAUAGCAUCACCUCCUUCUUUCUCUUAUUUCUCCUGCUUGCCCUACCUUACAUUUCAAGAGGUGCAGGAAGAAUGAGACUUGCAGAUUCAGAAAUUUAUGAAAUAGAUUAUAGAGGACCAGAGACUCACUCAUCGGUUAUGCCUCCUCCUGGUCGUUCUCAUGGCUGGCCUUUCAUCAAUGGAGCUAAAUCAUCAUCAUCAUCAUCAAGAGGUGGAGAAGGCAAUGGAGAUAAUGAUAAGAAAAUCCAUGGAUGAAUCAAAUUCUGGGAAGGGAUUGGAAUCAAGCAUUAGUUUUGUCACAAUUGAUUAAGUUAAUUCAUAUAUAUGAAGAUUGGGAAAUCAAUAGGGUUUGUAAUCUAUUUGUAAAUUGAUUUGUAUUUGUAUUUGUAUUUGUAGUUUGCUUCUGUAAUUGUAAACAUAAUACCCAUAUGGUUUGUGAAUAUUCAUAUUUAUUUUAUAGAUUUCUUUUAUGAUUUACUUAA